AUGAGGUGGGAAAAGAUUGAGGUUAAGGCGAUAGGAAAAGAGGGUGAUGGUGUGGAAGUGAUAUCUGGGCCAGGCAAAAGGUGGGGUCACACCUGUAACUCCAUUAAUGGUGGUAGACAUAUCUAUGUCUUUGCUGGUUAUGGCAAAGAUAACUGCCAAACUAAUCAAGUUCAUGUCUUUGACACUGUGAACCAGACAUGGAGUCAACCUGAAAUAAAAGGCUCCCCACCUACUGCUAGGGACAGUCAUACUUGCAGUGUUAUUGGUCAUAAACUGUUUGUCUUUGGGGGUACUGAUGGGAUGAAUCCACUCAAGGAUUUGCAUAUUUUAGACACUUCUUUGCAAACAUGGGAUUCUCCGGUUAUACGAGGGCAAGGGCCAGAGGCACGUGAGGGUCAUAGUGCGGCUGUUGUUGGGAAACGGCUUUACAUUUUUGGUGGUUGUGGAAAAUCCGCUGAUAAUAACAAUGAGGUUUACUACAAUGAUCUUUACAUACUGAAUACAGAGACGCUUGUUUGGAUGCGCCCUACAACAUCAGGCACACCACCAUCUCCUCGUGAUAGCCACACUUGCUCAUCGUGGAAGAACAAAAUUAUUGUGAUAGGGGGUGAAGAUGGGCAUGAUUAUUAUUUGUCUGAUGUCCAUAUCCUUGACACUGAUACUCUAAUGUGGAGGGAGCUGAGUACAUCAGGCCAAUUGUUGCCACCUCGAGCUGGUCAUUCAACAGUUUCUUUUGGCAAGAACUUGUUCGUUUUCGGUGGAUUUACCGACGCCCAAAAUCUAUACAAUGACCUUUAUAUUCUUGAUAUUGAUACUGGUAUUUGGACAAACGUUACAACUACAACCAAUUGUCCUUCUGCUAGAUUUUCUGUAGCUGGUGACUGUUUAGACCCAUUUAAGGGUGGUGUUCUUGUGUUUAUCGGCGGUUGUAAUAAAAGUCUUGAAGCCCUGGAUGAUAUGUAUUACCUAUAUACAGGUAUUGCUAGAGAAAGUGAACAGAGACCUGAGAAGUUAUCUUUGAAGAAGCAAUUGAAGCUGAAAUGCCAAGAAGAACAAAAUCUCAUUCCUGGCCAAAAUCAAGUUAUGGUUGGAUAUGGAGUGGGUGCUGAUAUUGGCCAGGUCAUGAAUGUGUUGAGUUAUAGCCAGCCAAAUAGACCGAAUAUCCCAGUAAAUCAAUUGCUACCUUCUCAUGGAAAGAAAUCAUUUGAAGCCAAGGUUACUGAAAACAUCUCAGAAGGAUAUACUAUUGAAACUGUUAUUGAUGGAAAGCCUCUUCGCGGAAUUCUGUUUUUAAACAAACAAAACCCUCUUCACUCAUCCGCUCAUGCUCUUAAUAGCAGGAAAAGGACUGCUGGUGAAAUUGAUGGUGUCAUCUCAAAUGGUACACAUUCAAAUAUAUUAAAGACUCCUAAAGUGCUGAAGCAAAAUCAAAUGGAAAAUAGACAUCCAGAAUCUCUCGGUCACAGUUCUGAUGCUGUCAUUGCACUUGCAGCAAGCAAUCCAAUAACUGCCAAUGCAUCUGUUAACCAUAAGGUUGAAUCAGAAGCUGCUUCUUUGAAUCAAAAUGCUGAACAAAUUGAAACACCACCAACCUUGGGGGAAAACUUGAAAAAUGAUGGAGCAAAUCAUGUGACAAAUUCCAGAGUUGAAGCCCAAACCAAUGUUCAAACAAAUGUGGUGAUUCUUAACUUAGAAGCUUCAAGUCAUGAUAAAAAUAACGAUGCACCAAACUGCAACACAGAAUUUCUGAAACCUGCGACAGCUGAGAGUGCUGUGAAUUUCUCAAAUCAAGGUGCAGUGGUGGAUUCUACAACUCCAAGAACAGGAGAAUGCAAUGAACCAACAAAAUGA